AGGACUAUGUAUUUUCAAUUCUCACGGGAUACUAUGAUCCGCCAGCUGGAAUUGAUCUUCGAGAUGGACUUUAUUAUAACGCCUACUUCCCUGGGCAAUCUAUAGCAAUGGCACCUGCAUUAUACACUAAUAUUUUUGAAUAUGAGGAUGGUUAGUAAAACUCUGCACUUGUUUUUAUGUUAUAUAUACUCCAUCACUGCCUUCUCGUGUAACCAAGAAUCUUGUACCUUUGUAUAGGAACUCCUGCUACAACGAGUCAGUUAGCUAAAGAUGUCAGCACAUUCUUGAGAUGGGCUGCAGGUUAGUUGCCAUAUAAAUACUUAAAUUUUUAAGAAAAGCUUCAGAUUGAUAGGGAUGCAACUACCUGAUCAUGAAAAUUGCAAAGAGACAAGGAGAACAUCCACGUUUUGAGUGAAGGCCCUUUGUCAGGGAAAUCAGUAGCGGGGAUGCACCGGAACUUGGUUCCGGCCGGUUAGUUCUGGCCGGAACCCAGAUUUUUCAGAGUUCCGGUCAGGCCUUAAAAUAUCGGUCGGUCACGGACAUUGUCCGACCCAUUCGUGAAAUUGUCCGACGUAGUGAGGAAGCCACCGGACAUUCUGUCCGACAUAAGUGAAACUGGGGUUUACUGUUUGUCCGACCCGAGUGUGUUGGUGUCCGACCGAACUGCAGCUUUGUCCAACGUAAAUAACCAGCAAUAAGACUCGCGUAUACUGAAUGGAAAAUCAGAGGACUAUUGAGUAUUGCAUAAAAAGUGAACUGGAAAUGUUGUUUUAACGUAGCUAAUCGAGUGCGGGGCGGAGACGUGCGAGCGAAAUGGUGAAGUGGAAAACUGGCUUAAGUUGUCCAAGUCUUAAUUACUGCUGUUCUUGCAAGCAAGUUAAUUUUGACUUGGAAAUAAGUAUGAAUGACACAAGUUAUUUAAUAUCUUCACAACAUUUACCGUUCAGAAUUAAUACAUUGUGCUGAUGUUCAUUUGUGUCAUUCAGACUUAUUUCCAAGUCAAAACUGAAGGUCAUCGGACAUAUGUCCGACCCAACCUCAACGUCAUCGGACAUUUUGUCAGACGGCCCUGUGAAAGAUAUUUUAAGGCCUGGAGUUCCGGUUCUGGCUGGAACUAACAACAAAAGCAUGGCCGGAACCGGAACUCUGUCGUUUUCAGAGAGAUAGAAUAUCAAACGUUUCUGUGUCUAACAAAAGUUCACAGUCAGAAGAAAUUUGGACUACCCAAGGGAAAUGUAUACUAUUAACACUUCAUUAUGAUGUUUAACGUUUUUCAAUCUUUUUAUUCCAAUAUUUGCGAGCUCUCUCCUUGAUGACUUGAAUGGCUGCUUGUCUGGCAGCGGACAAAGUAAUAUAUGACUUAAUAAUUCAGUUCCGGUUCCGGCCGGAACUUUUUUCUAGUUCCGGUCAGAUCCGGUUUCCGGCCGGAACUUAAAAUAUUGGUUCCGGUGCACCCCUAAUCAGUAGCGGGGGUUGGGAAAGUUUUUAUAUAUAAGCUGAAGUGGUUUGUCUCUGAACUACCUGAACUAUCAUUUUCACUACAUGGAACGUAAACACGUUUGUAUAAGCUCGCUAUUUUCAUUAGUCAUGUACUGGUUGAACGUCUCCUAUUAUUAUACUACCUUCCUCAUCACCCAAAUGCCUCGUCUCUUCCAAGUAGUUAAGACACCAUGUACCAUGACAACUUAUUAUUAAUUAAAGAAUAUGACCAUACAAAUUUUGUAUAGAACUUACCAAAUAUUGAGUUGUAAAUUUUUCAUUUAGAACCCGAUCAUGAUAACCGUAAGAGAAUGGGUAUAAAGGUAAUUGCUACAUUGCAGUAUAGUAUAUAUAUGUAAUCGAAUUUCUCUAAUAUAGACAAUGAGAUACACAGUGUGUAGAAAUUAUCUGAACCACAAUUCUUCCUCUGUCUGUCCCACAUCUGUCUAAUGCCAGAUGAUUCUACUCAUUUUUAUCACCCAUUAGGCAUUGUCAAUCUUCUCAAUACUGGUGCUUGCCUCGUGGUACUACAAGCGACAUAAAUGGAGUGUUUUGAAGAGUAGAAAACUAGCGUAUUGGGCCACAUCAAGAUAAUACAGCACAAGCAAGACUUUUGCAAUGGUAUUUAUAUCUGAGUGACUUACCUUGGUAACGAUAAUAUCCGAUAUAAUUUGUUGGUGGAUGCUU